AUGUUUUAUAUAUUGGAAAAUACCUUAUUUUCAUAUCCAAUUCAACCAAACUAUCCAGCGGAACCAGCAUUAUUCCUUAAAGAUAUCAAUGCUACAAAUAUUGCGAUUUCUCCACAUCAAAAUGCAUUUUUAUUAUAUUCUCUCAAUUCUCCAACGUUUUCUGUAUAUUAUUUGCAAGCUGGUGUUGACCAACUUAAAGUUGUCAAUGUCGGUUCUCCAAUUAUAUCAAUUGAUUUUCUCAUUACAACAUAUAUCUCUGUAAUUACGGCAUCAGAAGAUCAAACGAUCAGGAUAUUCACAGAAUCACAAUAUUCAACAGAUUUUUCAUGUACAGCAACGUUUUACAUUGAUUUUCCGAUAUUAAAAAUUAUAACUUGCAUUUCUCGGAAUGUUCGCAAAGAAAACGAAAAGGUUUCACCACUGUCUAUUCCCAACUCAUUCAUUUUCCCUAGUUUUCCUAAAGAAGAGCAUCUUGUUCAAAUAACAGUUGAUAAUCCCGAGAAAAACACAAUUUUCAUGCAAAUCAGAGCGAAUUCAUUAAUCAGAAUCAUCGGAUCUAUCAAUAUACCAAAGAAUUAUACUCUUCCGUUCGAAUGUGAUUUACUUCACUCAUGUGACCAACAGAAAUACUCCUGUAGCAUCUAUACGACAUCAAUGAACAAAUAUGGACUAUAUUUUGGCGUUUUCAAGUUCGCAGAUGCUAUUUCUUUCUAUCCAUUGUAUAAUAUAACUUUUAUCUUCGGAGAAGUCAAGAAAUUCAUCAACCAUUCACUGAAAAUCGAGCAGACUGAUGGAACAAUACUCGAUUUGAAUACUUUGAACCAUCACAAACUGGAAAAAAUUGAAAAUAAAAUUAUUAAAAUUGGAAAUCUUGAUUUUAAUUUCAAUUUCGAGAUAACAGUUAGUGAUUAUAUACAAUAUGAUAACCAAAUAAUGAUUGUUGCAUGCGGAAAACAGAAAAAUUUAGUAAUAUUUACAAAUUCUCAAAAUGAUUUGAAAAUUCUUGAAAUAAAUGGCAUAGAAGAUGAGGUAACAGGCGUUUCAAUACAUUCGACUGAUUUAUUCUUAGUAACAACUGCAAAUUCCUUAGAAAUUUUUUAUUAUGAAAUUGGAAACAAAUUUAUUAAGAUUGCAAGCAAACAAGGCAAAAAUAUGAAAGCAGUAUUUGUUCCUAAUGAUAUUCCUACCCUUUUUAUCUGUGAAAAUCAAGUCGCAACCUUGAAUAUAAUAAAUAAUUUUGAAAUUAGUGAUCCGAUUGCGACAUUUAAGAUUCCUUCGUAUAAACUGAUUGAUACAUUAACAGAUGGAACCAUUGUUGCCGCUACAAACUCGUCAAUUGACCAUUUAACAGUUCCAAAUGAAUUUUUUCCAAAAAUUUUUGACGGAAACAGUGAUUUUGUGCGACAAACAGAGUUCUGUCUUGGUGUAAUACCUGAUAAUCCAAACGAAUCCAUUGAAAAAUGCAUGAAAAUCCUUCCACAAAAUUGGGAAAUUUUUGAUCCAUGUUCGAAACGGUUUUUGAUACCAUAUUUCUUCAGAAAUUUCAUUGACAUGCCGAGUAUUGCCAUGGAAAUGUUCUCUAUUUGGGCUUCUCUCUCUCCGAGACAAGAAUUAUUAUUUAAUUUCAUGAAUAUUAAGUCUGUUGAUGAAUUAAUAGAAUCAUACGUCCAUUUCUGGGCCAGAGAUGCAGAAUCCCUCAAGAAUUUCGUUGGUUCUUUCGUUGCAACUCAUCAAAUUAUAAAUGACAAGACAGUUGAUAUAUUUGCGAUGCUUAGCGUUGCUUGUGGUAAGAAUGCAAUUGCUUCAAAGACAUUUUCCAAGUUCGGAAAUGAAACUUUGGCAAAUUUCUUAUUACAAACGAAAGAUAACAGUUCACAACGCAAAGCAAAGAUCAUGAAGAAUGCUUAUGCAGCAUUGAAGGUCCAUAGAUACUUUUUGGCCGCAAUGUUCUUCAUUUUGAACCAAGAUUUUCAAGAUGCAAUUCAAUCUUUGAAUUUAUAUCCGAAUUAUCAGAUAUUGAUACAAAGAUUGUUGGACCAGCCGAUUGAGAAGUCCGGAAUCCUCGGAAAUUGGCUGAAUAAUGAUAAAAAUGAAGCAAUGAAAUUAUUAUUUGAAAAAAGAUUGCCGAAAUGCAAUUCCAUCUCAUUGGAAUACAUCAGAGGGGAGAUCUUAUUCAAGAUGAACUACCAGAGCAGAGUAACUCUCCUUAGAUUGCAAGAAACUCCAUAUUUUAUUGAAAAAAUUCUCGAAAUUUCGAAGAAUUUUUCAUCAGAUGACUAUUACAAUGCAGAUAUAGCAGAGAUAAUAGAGAAACAACCAUCUUCUGAAGCAAAAGAAGAAGAGGAAGAUGAUUCAAGUGAAGAUUUCGAUUUUGGAUCGAAAUUUGAUGAUGAUUUUGAAGAUUACGAUGAUUAUGAGGACGAAGACACAAAAGAAGAUGCUAAAUAUAAUAUAGGAUACACAAUAACAAAGAAAUUUGUUGAUUUACAGCCAAAAACUUUUAUUUCCAAUUUUUUGUCAAAACAGAAAAAUUCAGAAAAACUGACAAUUUUGCCAAGCGACCAAAGAUUGGCAUUUUUAUUGUCAUCGUUGUUUGCUCAGCCUAAAAGUGAAAUAGCUGAACAAUUAAUUGACAUGUCAUAUAAAAUUGACAAAACCGUCCAAAUUUCAAUUAUUUUUUGUGUCCUUUAUGUCAACGGCAACUAUUGUUUUCUGAACCUUUUGGACAUGGAACUGGCUCGUAAAUACAUUGACAAUGAAAUGAAGAAAAGUGAAGUGAUCAAUCAUAUGGAAGUUCCAUUUUUCUUCAAAUGUUCUGCGAAUGACAAGUUUAAUAUACAAUUCUCUAUUUUCACUGUUUUACAAGAGUUCAUUUCCAAGAUUAUUUCUAGGGAUUAUCCAUUAGUUAUUGCUGUUAUUGUGAGAAAAUAUGAAACAAUGUUUUAUCAAUGCAACAGAUUUUUUGUGUCAAAUUUUUAUUUGGCGCAUACUUUGCAAAAAGUUCAUCCUUCUCUACUCGAAAACAUAGAGAACUCUGAACGAGCAAGGAAAUCAAUAGAAUACGUGACAAGUAUGAAAUAUGACACAAUGUCACCUUUUAUUUCAACAGCCAUUGUCAAAAUGAGAGAAAUGGAUUUUCCUACGGAAAAAAGUGUCACUUCACUUUGUUAUUUUGGAGAAACCAAUCCAACAAUUGCGUAUAUAAGUGAUGGUUCAUUACAAUUCAUUUCCUUGGAAAUACAAGAAAUAGAAUUGGUUGAUUUUGUGUCACCUUUAUUGAAUUUACUUCCUGAAGUUGUAAAACAAGAUUACGAAAAACAAAAGGUCAAAAGUGAGAUGUUUAAUAUCAGAUGGGGACCUGAAAUAAUCUCAAAUAAAUACACUUGUCUCGAUGGCCGCAGAAACUCUGAGUUUUUCAUUGUAGGAAGUGAAGAUGGAAUUUUAUCUUUAGGUUUUGAAAGAUUCAUCACGAAUUCACUCAAAAUUUCAUCAUAUCCCUUGAAAAAGAUAAAAUUCAACGCAAAAGGUGAUCAUAUUGCUGUUGUUGAUACUGUUGGUGACCUUUAUUUGGCAUGCGUUUAUAAGAUGAACGUGGAAAAAGUUGCAUCUUCAAUUGAUAAUUUCGAUUGGUUGAAUAAUGAUACACAGUUUGUUUGUAUAAGUUCUUCAAGAGAAACUGUUAUUUUUUAUGAUGUAAUAAGUGGAUAUCAUCCAAUAAAUGAGUUCCCUCUUCAACACCAACCAUCGAAAUACAUGCCAAUUGUUAAAUUAAGGAGUGAUAUCUUCUAUGGAUGUGAGGAUGGUUCUUUGAGUAUGUUUGAUAUGACAACAGGAGGAUAUUCCCAGUUUAUGAAGAAUCAUUUGAAUGCUAUUACUUGUUUGGAAAGUUCUCCAUCGGAAUCUUUCUUUGUAUCAUCUUGUGAAUCAGGAACUGUUUAUAUCCAAUACAAAAAAGCAAAAAAUAUCGCAGUAAUUCCUUUGCACGCUUUUGGAGAAAAAGUUAAUUGUUUGCAUGUAUCUAAAAGAGUUAUCUGCAUUGGAUCUGCUCAUGGUGUGAAAUGCUGGGUCAGAGAUGAAAUAUAG